AGUUUCAACACUUCUCCGAUUCUGAAAUGGAGUUCUCUUCGGUUCAGAAACUCUGCUUACACUUGAUUUCCUUAGCAUACCGGAGAUGCCGAUUAUCGGAGCAGAUUUGCAGACUCUCCGUCAUUCUCACUCGCUCUUCAUCUUCGCUUCCCUCUCUCCGAAUUUCAAUCUCUGAUACUGGCAUUGGAAGCUGCUUAGAGGAGUUUCAGGAGUUGAGGUUUUCUUCCACAGAUGUUGCUGACAAUUGGGAUGGGGUGCUUUCUAUCAAAACCACCAGCAUUAGUGAUACAGAGAUAUAUAAUUAUCAGAUAAAUCUGAAAGGAAGUGGUUCCUCCAGAAUAACAAGACUACCUUCUGACAUGAAAAACGGUGCUAUAUUCAGUGGUACUGAAGUUUGUCUGUCUCCUAUUAUUAGCCUUGAUCUCUUGGUGGCUGAAAUUCAUAGCUUUGUACAGAAGAUGCUAGUUCUAAGGAUUCCUAAUGUUGCAAUUCAAUUAGUAGCAGAAGAUUGUGAUGUACUUGGAUCAAGAUAUGAAAAGGUUUUUCCUGCAAAUAUGUGCAACGACUUAUCUAUCCCAGCAGCAAAUCUUGAACGUCUUAUGUCAGGCCUCGAAGACUAUGUACUUAAGCAUGGAAAUAAUUUAAGUGACAAGUGUAAUUCUUGCUUCCCAAGUUGGGAGACGCUCAAAGUUGGGAGCGGGGUAGUCUGCUGUACUGAAAAUCGUCUACACACUGAACUGGUGAUGGAGGCAGUUAUAAUAUUAAGUAACAUAUCAAUUCAGAACACUACGUGUCUCAGGGAAUAUGGUGAUAAAACAGAGGUUUUGUAUUUCAAGGACUUUUCCCCAUGCACGAUGUCUCAAUCAUCUAUGAAGGCAUUGAAGGGCAUUGGCUGGAAAAGAUACGGUCUGCAUUUAGGGGGCAUAGUAGAGAAAGAUGGCUUUGCAAUACUAGAAUGGGAAAACUUGCCUUCAGAUACUCAUAUCGAUAUAGUGCUCCAUUCAUAUCAUAAACAGACCGUGGUACCUGCUCCAAGGAAAAUGUCUCAACUUGAUAGAAAACUUGUUAAAGGAGCUGUUAAACUUUCACUGGAUGACCUGAAGAUGAAGCAUUCCGGGGUUUUGUUAAGUUCUCGUGCCCUUCAGAUUCGCAGUUAUGCCCCUGAUCUCGCAAAAACAAUUGCUGGGUUAAUCUCGUCUUCCACUGACUUAGAUUUCCAGGGUGAAUGCUUUUCUCUUCUGGGAUUACAGUCCCGAGAAGUUGGAGCUGAAAUUAUGGAAAACUGCAUCAAGGAAAGGAUUGUUUCAGUUAUAGAGAUAAACGACAGGAAGGCCCACAAAUCUAAUGAAGUUGCACCUUUCCUUUUUGAGGAUGACAAUGUCCAGGAAGUGGCGUUUCAAGAAGUCCAUUCCAGCCCCUUGGACUUGUAACUGUUGUAAGGUUUUCCUGCGCCCGUAGUCCAUACUUCAAAUUACCAUCACUUGGCAAAUACUGCCAGUUCCUGUGAUGCACCAUUGGUUAGAAAUUUUAUAAGCAUUGCAUGACUGUUUGAAUGCUGCUAAAACCUAUGUGGAUGUGAAUACUUCAAUGCCCUUAGUAGAACAAUUGUAUACCCUCCUACUUAAUCCUCCUUAGUCCUGAAUAGAAUAAUUAUAAAUCCUCCUAUUUGAUCCUCCUAAGUCUUAAAUGUUUGUUACGUUUCCAAAGACUAAAUGUAUUUGAUUUUUCAUGUCAUAUAUUCUUUAUAUAGUGAUAAGAGGAUUUGUAGAAAUAUUUUUAG